AUGGCAGUCUUUGGAAGCAAGAAGUUUCGCGGAGCGGCAGAGUCAAAUACCCUUGCCGCAAGAUAUCGUAGCGCUCUAGCCAGACAUCCAUUUGCCCUCUUCGGUUUACCAUUUAUCGCAACUAUGGUAGCUGGAUCGUUUUUCCUUACUCCAGCCACCGCUAUUCGAUACGAGAAACAUGACAAACGUGUGCGAAGAGUAAGCAAAGAAGAAGAGCUAGGAAUUGGUAAGACUGGGAGGCGAGUGGAUAUGAAAGAAGAAUACUAUAGACUCGCCGCGAAAGAUUUAGAUGAUUGGGAACAAAAGAGAGUCAAGAGACUUCCGGGUGAACAUGAUGGUAAAUUAUAG